AUGAGACGAAGUGUUCAAGCACACAUCAACCAACUCAACUGGUUUGUCGAUCAGUUCUCCAGACUUGGUAACCAUGUUGUUGGUGGAGAUCUUAACCAAGAAGUCAAAUUGAAGGACUUAGAGAAUGCUUUCGCUGACUGGAUGUGUUAUCAACCAGCAUCACAAAGAUCAGCAUCAUUUCUCCAGGCCUCACGGGACAUCGUCAUCAACAAGGAGCAGAGUGUCUUGAGAGAUCUGACAGGGUUGAAAGUGAAUGUGGAAUUUUUCUGCACAUUCCGGAAACAUCAACAAGAUAUAGAAGAACGAAAAUCUUUCAUUACUAAAAGCCGUGAGAUUCUCCCUGCCACAGCUCUUCAGGAUUGGUAUACUAAGCAUGUGUAUGAGAAGUUGAAGCAGCGAAUUGAAGAUUUUGAACAUGAGGGUUCCGGAUGGAGUCUGCUUGGACCGAACAGCUUGAUGUCAGAAAUACCGACAAUUCAUUUAUUGAUGAUUAAAAAAAGUGUAAAUUAUACAGAUAAUUUAGAUAAUAUUGAGUCAGUCUAUCACUUUGCAUGGAUACAUAAUCUUUCUGGGGUAAUUAAAAGUCAAAUAUUUCUAGGUCAUUCAAAAUUGUACUUUUGUGAUCGUUGUUUGAAUCACUUUAAACUUAAAGAAUGUUAUUUAGAACACCGAGUAGAUUGUUUUAAAUCUAACAAAGUCCGCCUGGAAUUUCCUAGUGAAAAAAAUAAAAUUUUAAAAUUUAAAGAUUUUAAGUCUAAAGAUACUGUACCGUUUGUAGUUUACGCAGAUCUGGAAUGCACACUCGAACCCCCGGGAGAUGAUGAAAAGACAGUUCAUAAACAUGUUCCACACAGUAUUGCUUACUACGUACAUUGUAGCUACAAUAACACACUCUCCAAAUUUGAAUUAAACCGUUCCCCUGAUUGCAUCAACUGGUUUGUUAAGCAAUUAGAAUCACUAGCUCUGGACUUUGAAAAAAUUUUAAAGAAUCCUAUUAAAAUGAAACCCUUAACUAACGAGCAACAAGAUAGACACAACCAGGUCACUCAAAGAUAUUUUCAUGACCGGUUGUAUAUAUCAGAUCUACUAGUCACUAGACUAAAAAUGGCAUGA